AUGCUGUCGGAAGUGAGUUUUGACAUGACUUUCGUCUGCAAAAAGUGUAAGAAAGCUUUCCGGAAAAACACAAAGGACUGGGAUGAGAGUGACGAGUACUGUCCGAACUGCGACAAUCACUUUGUCAUCGAAGCAGCUACGCCCAAGGCGGCCCUGAAGGUUGAGAGCGAGGAUACGCGGAUGGAUGCCAGGAUGCUCAAGGACGACCGUGUCAAACAGCCAGAGAAGCAGUCCAUAUUCGACAUAAAGGAUUGGAACGGGCGGCUAGGCUAA